AUGACAGCAGUCUGUAUAUGUCGCAGCCAGCAUCUGGCAUCUUCUCAGAUCUCAGCAGGUUCUGUACAUAGUGCCUCGCCUGGAGAUAGGCAAAGUGAUGGCUAUUCGAUUUAUUUUGAUGCAAAUAUAGACAAAGAGUAUGUGGUACAACCGGCUGCUCCAAUAAAAAAUAAUUUCAGGGAAAAUUGCAGUAGCAUCAUGGCUUUGAAGAAUCCAACUAUAAAUCUUUUCAAAAUUAUACUUUUUCCUUCAAUUUUAUUUUUUGGGACAAUUUUCAACUGUAUUGGUAUACAUAUUUUCUAUUUUAAAAUGAAGACUUAUACAGAAACAAGAGUGUUCAUUAUGAACCUGUUAGUUAGCGACUGUUGCUUGCUCAUUACUAUUCCCUUCCGAUUGUACGAUACAAUAUACGGGUGGGAGAUGACUAACACAUGCCGUACCAUCCGGUCUGCAUACUUUAUGAACAUAUACAUGAGUAUUUCCAUAAUUACAUUAAUCUCUGUGGACAGAUACCUGGCCAUAAAAUUUCCCUUGAGCUCAAGAUCUUUGCGUUCACCUAGGAAGGCUGCAGUGGUUUGUGGGACUAUAUGGAUGCUUCUCAUUUUAAGCUACAUAUUUGGUGAACUAAUGUUUAAAAUCAAAAUAGGGGUAGGCUUCUGUUUCAGGAAGACCAUGCCAAAACACCUUUAUGGAAGCCUUUACAUUAGCAUCCUGGGAUUUUAUACUCCUCUAAUUAUAAUAAUGUUUUGCUCCAUUGAAGUUAUCAAAACCCUAAAGACAAAGGACUCAAACAGUCUACAUGAACAACAUUGUAUACGAAAAUCAGUUUAUAUUGUUUCCAUCAAUCUAAUUGUUUUCCUGUUGUGCUUUUUGCCUGUUCAUAUUGCUUAUAUUAUACAGUUUAUUGUAGAGUACAUACAAUUAGAUUGUUUCCUGAUAACACAAAUGAAUAAUUAUGUUAGUGCUUUGCAAGUUAUUGGUGAUCUGAACUGCUGCCUUGAUGCACUCUACUAUUAUUUGGUGGCGAAGGAAUUUUCUGGAAAAAAAAUAAAGUUAACAAAAGCUGUAGAAUUGAAUCAAAUAACAGAACAGACACAGCAGUCAAACCUUUAGCAAAUGUAGUAGAAUUAUUGCGAGUUACAAAAACAUAUCUAAGCUAAAAGAUGACAUCAACGGAGGUCUCCUAGUGAAAUAAGUUUAAUCAUUAAUCUUUUUAUAGAUUUCUUUUGAUGCAAAUAUAGACAGAGAGUAUGUGGUACAACCGGCUGCUCCAAUAAAAAAUAAUUUCAGGGGUACUUACUUUAUAAGGCUUCCUACAUUAGUGAAAAAAUGACCAAAAGUUAUGGGCACUUAAAGCAUUCAACAGGAGGUCAUGAGGGAUUAAACACAUAAAAUGUAAUGCACUUUUUGUGUAAGGUAUGGAAACAAGUUUGAUUAGAAUGCAAUAUCCCAAAUACCUUUCUAAAAAAGAAAACUUGAAUUUAGUAUGCAUUUAACAGUAUUUGUAUAUGAUGGCAUAAAUAGUGACUAAAGAAAUGUGCUAAUUAAGCAUAAAACAAAUAAACAACCAGAGUUAAAAAAGAAA